GGCGGCCUCGGGGAAGAUCGGCGUUUUCCGCCUUCCCCCGCUGCCCACCAUUCGGGAAAUCAUUAAGCUCUUCCGGCUGCAAGCGGUGAAGCAGCUGUCGCAGAAUUUCCUCCUGGACCUGAGGCUGACAGUAACUAUGGGAAAAGCAGGAGCUCCUGUGCACUCGCGCUCUGUUUUUGGACUUUAACCUGUCAUCCGUGGAGGAUUGUAAAUGUGAAAAAAGUGUUUGAUGUUCAAGGACAGUCGGGAGGUGCUGCAUGCUUAUCUAGCCACGUUGGACGUAUUGAUUGGAUGGAUGGAGAAACAGAAAAUACAGUAUUGGUUAAAUACAAAAUUGUGAGGAAAGCUGGCAAUCUCACAGAUGCUUAUGUUUAUGAAGUGGGUCCCGGGCCAGGGGGAAUCACAAGGUCCAUUCUCAGUGCCAAUAUUGCCGAACUUCUGGUGAUUGAAAAGGAUACUCGAUUUAUUCCUGGGUUACAGAUGCUUUCUGAUGCAGCACCUGGGAAACUGAGGAUUGUUCAUGGAGAUGUACUGACGUAUAAGAUAGAGAGGGCUUUUCCAGAUACCAUUAGAAGACAGUGGGAAGACGAUCCUCCAAAUGUGCAUAUUAUUGGAAAUCUGCCAUUUAGUGUUUCAACUCCUCUGAUUAUCAAGUGGCUUGAAAACAUUUCUCUUAAAGAUGGACCUUUUGUUUAUGGCAGAACUCAGAUGACCUUAACUUUUCAAAAGGAAGUGGCUGAGAGACUUGUGGCCACUACUGGAAGCAAGCAACGCAGUCGCCUUUCCAUCAUGGCCCAGCACCUCUGUGAUGUGGAUCAUCUCUUCACGAUUCCAGGAAAAGCUUUUGUCCCCAAACCAGAGGUGGACGUAGGAGUGGUGCGCUUCACACCCUUGGUACAGCCCAAGAUAAAGCAACCAUUCAAGCUGGUGGAAAAAGUUGUUCAGAAUGUGUUUCAGUUCCGAAGGAAAUACUGCCACCGAGGGCUUGGAAUGUUAUUCCCCGAGGCUCAGCGCCUGGAAAGCACUGGGAGACUGUUACAGCUAGCAGAUAUUGACCCAACUCUCCGGCCUGUCCACCUCUCGCUGACACAUUUUAAGAGCCUGUGUGAUGUGUACAGAAAAAUGUGUGAUGAAGACGCACAGCUCUUCGCUUAUAAUUUCAGAGAAGAGCUCAAGCAAAGGAAAAGACAAGACCAGGAACAAGAGGACGACACGGAAGACUGUGAGUCUAGUGCUACAACGAGGGUGCCGAGCCUGACAGGUUGACCGCCACGGCAGGGAGCUGCCACACAAGUGCUCGUUUGUCUUUACAGAGUGAUAGUCAAAUACCAGUGACCAGGUGACUUACGUUCCAUGUACUGUACAGCUUGGUAGAGAAAAUAAAUAUCAAGUAAGAUACAGUACAAGCUUCCUUUAAUAUGUAUACUGCAUAGAUAUGACAGGUGUAGUAUAAACAGCAUCAUUACAAUCUUACAAAAACAAAAUAUCCACAUAUUGUACCCCUAAACCACAUUAAAAUAACUUAAAUGUGCUUUAAAUAAAGCAAAAACUAUCAGGCUCAAAGAAAAUGCCUAAAGGAUUGGAAAAAAAAAUGACCCUUUUAAAAGUUAUUAAUCACAACUUUCCCAUUCUUCCACAUAACUUAAGUAGAAUGCAAUUUUAUUACAAGACUUUUAAAUCGUUUUGAUUCCUGCUCAAAAGGGAUUAUAAGCUAAGUAAUUUACAGAGUCUGACCAGCUUAAUCUAGUUUUCUGAUCCACAAUAAAUUAAAAUAAGUUAAAUCUUUA